AUGGCCACCUUCCUCGGCCUGCUCUUUUCAUGCCUGGUGCUCGUCGCCUCUGCUUCUGGCAGUCGCGCCGGCAAUAGCAGCCUGGUGUCGCAGCAGCUGUUCUGGGAGCUCGAAGAACUCGCGCGCAUCGUCGACAUAGCCUACUGCGUGGGCACUGCGGGCCUGGGCAUCCAGAAGCCCUUCCAAUGCGCGAGCCACUGUGCCGACCGCGACUUUGAGGGCUUCGAGCUGGUCGAGGCGUGGAACACCGGGCCCUUCCUGUCCGACUCGUGCGGCUACAUCGCCCUCUCGCACUCGCCCGCCAACCCGCGCAUCAUCCUCGCCUUUCGCGGCACCUACUCCAUCGCGAACACAAUCGCCGACCUGUCCACCAUCCCCCAGGCCUACGUGCCCUAUCCCGGUGACGACGAUGACGACCAGGCCAGCUCAGACUUUCUGGCCCCGAGAGUCCAACUCGAAUCGUCAGAAGACGACCCUCCACCUGCCGAUCCGCCCAAAUGCGACAACUGCACCGUGCACAUGGGCUUCUACUCGUCGUGGCUGCACACGCGCAAAGUGAUACUCCCGCACGUCACAGCCGCUUUGGACAAGCACCCAGACUACAAGCUGGUGCUGGUCGGACACUCUCUGGGCGGCGCUGUUGCAGCCCUCGCCGGUCUCGACUUCAAGGCACGCGGGUGGAACCCCCAUGUGACCACCUUUGGUGAACCCAGGCUCGGCAACAAGGAACUGAACGCCUACAUGGACCAGCGCUUCAACAUCACAGCCGACCACGAGCACAACAAGUUCCACCGCGUCACCCACGCAGGCGAUCCAGUCCCCCUGUUGCCGCUGGCUGAAUGGGGCUUCUCCAUGCACAGUGAGGAGAUCUUCAUAUCUGAGCCUGACCUCCCGUUCUCAAUCGCUGAUGUUCGACACUGUGACGGCGAGGAAGACCCGCAUUGUAUUGCCGGUAGCGACGCAGCACGUCCUGCAUGGGGCGUGCCCACUCGGUUCAAGUUCUGGCAGCUGUUCUUCGCGCAUCGAGACUACUUCUGGCGACUUGGUCUGUGUAUGCCCAGUGGGAACCCAAAGGACUGGUAUGGGAAGUACCCCACGGAUGGCAUUGAUGACGACGACACAAACGAAAUUGACGAACUGUGA